ACUAUGGCCAGCAGCAACUUCAGCUCGAGACCGCAGUCCUUCUUCCUAAUUGGCAUCCCUGGGAUAGAAGACAUUCAGUGUUGGGUGGCAGUGCCAUUUUGCAUCAUGUACAUCCUGGCCCUGUUGGGCAACAACAUUAUUCUGUUCAUCAUCAAAAUUGACCCAACACUGCACCAGCCCAUGUACCUGUUUCUGGCUAUGCUCUCCAUCAAUGACCUUGUAAUAUCCACCUCCACUGUGCCCAAAAUGCUUGCCAUCCUCUGGACCCACACCCAGGAGAUGGAGUACCAUGCUUGCCUCAUCCAGAUGUUCUUUAUUCAUACCUUCUCCUCCAUGGAGUCUGGAAUCCUGGUGGCCAUGGCGCUGGACCGCUUUGUGGCCAUCUGCCACCCCCUGCGACACACUGCCAUCCUGAACACAGUGGCGAUUGGGCAGAUUGGACUGGUGGUGCUGGGGCGGAGCCUGGUCCUCAUCACACCCUUCCCCAUCCUCCUGCAGCGGCUCUCCUUCUGCCGGGGCACUGUCGUUGCCCAUUCUUACUGUGAGCACAUGGCCUUGGUCAAGCUGUCCUGCAAUGACUCUACGGUAAACCGCUUCUACGGGCUGAUGGUGGCCCUGCUGGUGGUGGGGCUGGACGUGCUGGCCAUCACGGCCUCCUACGUCCUCAUCCUCCGGGCCGUUUUCCGAGUCCCCUCCCUGGACGCCCGGCUCAAGGCGAUGGGGACCUGCGGCUCCCACGUCUGCAUCAUCUUGAUGUUCUACAUCCCGGGCAUGUUCUCCUUCCUCACCCAUCGCUUUGGCCACAACAUCCCUCACCACGUCCACAUCCUGUUGGCGACCCUCUACCUCCUGGUGCCACCUGCGUUCAACCCCAUUAUAUACGGGAUUAAGACCAAGCAGAUCCGUCACAGGGUGCUCAGGACCUUCUCCAUCCAUGGGCAGAACUGA